AUGCAUACGUUCAUGGACGGCGGAGAUAAUGGAUUUGCAGCAGCAGUUUUUUUGCGCUUUGAAGAAGGUGACCAGGUAGAGUGCUCCUUGGUUAGCGCGAAGACCCGGGUAGCACCAUUGAAAUACCUGUCAACACCGAGAUGUGAGCUGCAAGGCGCAGUAUUAGGCGUGCGACUAGCGAACAGCAUAACUAAAUCGCUCACCAUUACCGUAUCAAAACGUUAUUUUUGGACCGAUUCCCGUAACUUGCAGUGUUGGUUGAACUCGGACCAUCGCCGCUACAGUCCAUAUGUAGGAUGUCGGAUAAGCGAAAUUCUAGAUAGUACGAACUUGCGUGACUGGCGUUACGUACCAUCGAAGAAAAAUGUAGCCGACGAUGGAACAAAAUGGGAGCGAAUACCCGAUGUAUCCACGGGCAGCAGAUGGUUUAUAGGACCCGAUUUUUUACGGAGAUCGGAGCAGGAGUGGCCACGAGCACCAUUUACUGUUGGAACAACUGAUCUUGAGCUUCGACCGCAUCUGCUUCUUCACUGUGAAGCUUUUGUACGAAUCAUACCAACCGGAAAAUACUCAAACUGGAAAAAAUUACAGAGAAUUACAGCUUUCGUCCUGCGCUUCAUUAGAAACCUUCGCAAAAAGAUCAAAGGGCAAUCUUAUACGACCGGUCCAUUGGAGCAGUUCGAGAUUGUGGAAGCAACCAAUCUACUUUAUCGCGAAGCACAGAUGGACUGUUAUUGCGAUGAAAUCGCACUUCUUCGUAAUCGUCAAACCGAUAUUAACGUGCUCCUACCAAAAGGCAGCCCUAUAUUCCGUGUAGCUCCAUACAUUGACGCAGCCGGUGUUCUACGAAGCAGAACCAGAAUUCAAGCUUGUGAUCAUGCCAAUCAGGAAACUAAAAACCCUGUUAUACUCCCACCAGCACAUCACACAACGCACCUUGUAAUGCAACACUAUCAUGAACAGAAGAACCACAUCAAUCACACAACUGUAAUCAACGAACUUCGCCUUCGUUAUUCUAUCUCUCGGCUUAACUCUACUUUUCGAAAGGUUCGAUCCAAUUGUCAUAAAUGUAAGAUUGAGAGAGCCAAGGUGAUUCCACUGGCUAUGGCCGAUUUACCCCACGCACGACUAGCCGCCUUCGCCAGACCAUUUUCCUACAUAGGGAUAGAUUAUUUUGGACCUAUGUUGGUAGUUGUCAGACGUCGAACUGAUAAACGCUGGGGUGUUCUAAUACCAUGCCUUACUACGCGAGCAAUACAUAUUGAAAUCGCGCACACAUUGAAUACAGGUUCCUGUAUCAUGGCAUUGCGCCGCUUUAUUUCAAGGCGUGGUAUCCCCAUUGACAUUUACAGCGAUAGAGGCACAAACUUCCAGGGUGCCUCUAAAGAAUUAUCCAUUCUGUUGGAGAGUGUCAACCAAGAACGGAUGUUAGAGGAAUUUGUCAACGAGAACACAACAUGGAAGUUUAUACCUCCUGGAUCUCCACACAUGGGUGCCGCGUGGGAAAGGCUGGUGCAAUCCGUGAAGCGUAAUCUGCAACAGUUGAAGUUACCAAGACUACCUAGUGAUGAAGUCCUUAACAGUGAAGUCUGGGAGCUGCUAAUUGUAUGA